GUCAGGGCGAGGAGGAGGCCGCAGCUGGAGCGGAGGCCGGGCCGGGCCGGCUGUUUGUUGUCAUCCCAAGAUGGAGUUUCUGCUGGGGAAUCCGUUCAGCACCCCGGUGGGGCAGAGCCUGGAAAAGGCGACUGAUGGCUCCUUGCAGAGUGAGGAUUGGACACUUAACAUGGAGAUCUGCGACAUUAUCAACGAGACAGAAGAAGGUCCAAAGGAUGCUAUCCGAGCACUGAAGAAAAGGCUGAAUGGAAACAGAAAUUACAGAGAGGUGAUGCUGGCUCUAACGGUAUUGGAGACCUGUGUGAAAAACUGUGGCCAUCGCUUCCAUGUCCUCGUGGCAAACCGAGACUUCAUAGAUGGUGUUCUGGUGAAAAUCAUCUCGCCCAAGAACAAUCCUCCCACCAUUGUACAGGAUAAAGUACUCGCCCUGAUUCAGGCUUGGGCAGAUGCAUUUCGAAGUAGCCCCGAUCUAACUGGAGUAGUGCAUAUUUAUGAAGAACUCAAAAGGAAAGGGAUAGAAUUUCCUAUGGCAGAUCUUGAUGCUUUGUCUCCAAUACACACGCCACAGAGGAGUGUUCCUGAAGUAGAUCCAGCAGCAAAUAUGCAUGGGUCCCAGUCCCAGCAAAAGACGAGCACAAGUUCCUACUCAUCCCCAUCUCCAACUGCAUAUUCAGCUCCUCAGGCCCCACCUCUGAAUGUGACUGGUCCCAUCACUGCCAAUUCUGAACAGAUCGCCCGGCUGCGUAGUGAACUGGAUAUUGUUCGUGGGAACACACACGUGAUGUCUGAAAUGUUAACAGAAAUGGUUCCUGGACAGGAGGAUUCAUCAGACCUUGAGUUACUACAGGAAUUGAACCGAACCUGUAGAGCUAUGCAACAGAGGAUUGUGGAACUUAUCUCCCGAGUGUCCAAUGAAGAAGUCACGGAGGAAUUGCUGCAUGUGAAUGAUGAUUUAAAUAACGUCUUCCUCAGAUAUGAGAGGUUUGAACGGUACAGAUCAGGCCGUUCGGCACAAAGCGCCAGUAAUGGAGUGCUGAGUGAAGUGACGGAGGAUAAUUUAAUAGAUCUGGGCCCUGGUUCCCCAGCUGUUGUGAGCCCAAUGGUGGGGAGCACAGCACCUCCAACUUCACUUUCCUCGCAACUUGCAGGGCUUGAUUUGGGCACAGACAGCGUCAGUGGAACACUCAGCUCUCUUCAACACUGUAACCCUCGAGACGACUUUGACAUGUUUGCGCAGACAAGAGGCAGUUCCUUGGCUGACCAACGGAAGAGUGUGACGUAUGAAGAUCCACAGGCUGUCAAAGGACUGGCAUCUGCUCUGGAUGUUCGAAAACAGAAUACAGGAGGGAGGAGAGGUAAAGGUGGGAGCUCAGACAUGGAGCCCAUAGACAAGUGGCUAAUUACACAAGGAAUGAUCCCCGUUGCACAGUCCUCUGUCAUGGAUGACAUUGAGGAGUGGCUCAGUACCGACUUGAAAGGAGAAGAACUGGAAGAAGGCGUGACAAGUGAAGAGUUUGACAAAUUUUUAGAAGAACGAGCCAAAGCUGCCGAGACGGUCCCAAAUCUACCUUCUCCUCCGCUGGAGGCCCCCACUCCUCCUACGAAUCCUUCAGGCAGGAAGAAGCAGGAGCGCUCAGAGGAUGCCCUCUUCGCACUGUAAAGAGCACUCCUGGCUACCAUCCCCGUGCUCUGCGGAAGAAUGUCUCUGUACAGUCACAUUGUCCUCUCCCAGUUCUUGGCUAACCAUGACCCCCUUGCCCUCCUGGUUUCAUCAAUUGCUUCUUCUGCUUAUCUCUGAAACACCCCCCCCCCCCCCCUGCCCUUUGUAUUAA